AAUGGUAAAAUAAAAGUGAAGUUGUGUUGUCAUAUGCUUUUGAUAAUUAAUAUAUUUAUAUUAUUUAAUUAUUAACAAGUUGUCCUAAAGAUUUGAAUAUCUUUAUUAACAGUUAUUAUUACGACAUAGUGCGAAUUUUGUAACUGAUAAAGAAACUGUUAACAAAUAUUUCAGACACAUUCCUCACCAUGUAUUGGAAUUAAACUUUCUCUUCGCCGAAUUAAAUUACACGUAGAAUAUUGAAUUAAUCUGUAUUAAAUUACCAAAAUUAAGGAAUACAGUUACGGAUUUAAAUAUGUCAAGGAAACCUAACAGCGCAACAGCUAGGUUAAAACAAGAUUAUCUUAGAUUAAAGAGAGAUCCUGUUCCAUACAUAACUGCCGAGCCUCUUCCAAGCAAUAUAUUAGAAUGGCACUAUGUAGUCUGUGGUCCUGAAAAAUCCUCUUAUGAAGGUGGAUAUUAUCAUGGAAAACUGGUUUUUCCUAGAGAAUUCCCCUUUAAACCUCCAUCAAUAUACAUGAUUACCCCUAAUGGAAGGUUCAAAACGAACAAAAAGCUCUGCUUGAGCAUUUCAGACUUCCAUCCAGAUACCUGGAAUCCAGCCUGGAGUGUAUCUACCAUUUUAACAGGUCUAUUAAGUUUUAUGCUUGAAAAGAGUCCUACUUUAGGAAGUAUAGAAACCACAGAUUAUGACAAAAGACAAUUUGCUUAUCAAUCUUUGGAGUUUAAUUUGAAAGACAAGUAUUUCUGUGAUUUGUUUCCUGAUAUUGUCGCUCAAAUGCAAGCUGAAGUAGCUGAAAGAAAUGCCAAUCAAAACCUCAAUUUUGAAAAUCAAAAGAAUCUACAGACAGUGGAACAACCCAGUAGCUUCCAGUCUUGUAUCACUAAUUUAUGUGUCAUCAUAGGCUUUGCAGCAUUUGCUUUUACAGUCAAAUAUGUCAUGAAAACAACUGCUUCGGAAGCGGAAUGACUUUGAUUUUAAUUUUUGUUAUUUUCAUUGUAAGAAAAGGAAAUUGCAGAGUGUAAUAUAAAUAAUUCCAGUCAAGGGCGAGGGGAUGAGUACAUUAGUUCAGAACUAUAAAGAAUAACAAAAAAAAUGUUUCCUUUACAUUUAUUUGAUCAAUAUUGGUUUUUUUAAUAAGUAAAUAUGUGUCUGGAAUAUAAUACCUUUGUGCUUUCAAUGCCCAGAUAUUUCUUUAUAUUACACUGUGCAUCCUAUAUUAACUAUAAUUUGUUAUGCUGUGAAAAGAAAGUUAUAAGAGUAUUAUUUUUUGUAUAAAAUAUUUGGAUUAAUAGAAAAAUUGCUAAUGAG